GUUUUGACAGUACAUUGGCUGACAUUGGUGUGAGGACCAGCCAAAGAAACAAACAAAUAUUUCACAACUGCGAUUAUUCACGAGAGUUCCUCACAAGCUACAAAUAAUGUCCACCUCUAAAAUUGAUAUCGCUACACAAGUAAAAUUUGCUCAUGUUUGCAGUAUGUUGGAUAAAAUCAGGAAUGCAAAAGGAGCUCGACAAAAGGAAUCAAUAUUGCAAAAGUAUUUGGAAUCAUUCAAUGAGUUCAGUAUACAAUUUAAGAAACAACAUGGAGCCGAUAAAUGUGAAUAUAGUUUCUAUCCAGUACUAAGAUGUUUGGUUCCAGGCGCGGAUAAUGCUCGUGGAAGUUAUGGAAUUCAGCUUACUACAAUGGGAAGAUUAUAUAUCAAAGUCCUUAAUUUGGCCCCUAAUGGCGAUGAUGCAAAAAAGCUCAACCAAACAGACAUCAUUAAAGGCUGCAGCGACUAUGCAGAUGUUGUAUUCUCCGUAAUGCAAACUCGUUCCAGGAGUGUGAACAGUACCUUAACACUAGCAGAUAUACAUCAACUGCUGGAUAUUAUAGCAGAAAACGACAGAAGAAAAACUGAAGUCGAACUGACCAAAUUCAUUGAAGUGGCAUCACCACUCGAACAGAAAUGGCUUAUCCGCAUAAUCUUGAAGCAACUUCGUCUCGGGUUAGGUGAACAGAAAAUAUUUUCCUUAUACCACCCGCUUGCUAAAGAAUUUUACACGCGGACAACAGAUUUAAAGAGAGUUUGCGAAUGUGUCGAUAGCGGUGAAUCGAUAGACAUGUCUGAUUCAGUGCAACCUCAUCAAUACAUACGACCAAUGCUAUGUGAACAACUCGAUCUUACCAAAGUAGAGGGGAUGCUCAACCAAAAUAUUUACUAUCUUGAAACGAAAAUGGAUGGGGAACGUUUUCAAAUUCAUAUUCUAGACGAAAACUACAAAUAUAUAUCACGAAAUGGAAAAGAUUUUACAACGAAUUUCGGUGCAACAGCGUCCGAAGGCAACCUAACGCCACUUAUUACAAAAUCUUUCACAAUUAAUGUGACAAAUAUGAUUCUGGAUGGAGAGAUGAUGGUCUGGGAUAAAAAUCUAAACGGAUAUCGUGUAAAAGGUGAAAAUUAUGAUGUUAAAUCUAUUCAGCGUGGAGGCCCGUUGAGACCAUGCUUUGUAGCAUAUGAUAUUCUAUUCUUAAAUGGAAUAAGUCAUAUCGACAAGCCAUACGCCGAAAGAGUUGCGUUGCUGGAGAAGAUUAUUAAGGAGCAGCCUGGAGUUAUCGUGCUAUGCAAACGAAUGAAAAUAAGAAAUAUAGAACAGUUGAUUAAUAGUUUCAAUGAAGCAUUGGAAGCAAAAGAGGAAGGAGUUGUAAUUAAGGCACAAAAUUCAAUUUACAAACCAGGAAUUCGAAAAGGAGGAUGGUAUAAAAUCAAGCCAGAUUAUAUUCAUGGAGUAGUAAAGGAAUUUGAUUUGCUGAUAAUCGGUGGCUACUAUAACGCAAAACGCACGUAUAUCGAUAGCUAUCUAUUAGGAGUAUACAAGAAGGAGAGUGACAAUAAUGAAAAUCCAGUAUUUUAUUCAGUCGCUAAAGUCGCACUUGGGCUAUCUCUUGCACAACGUCAGAAAAUAAAUGAAACUCUGAAACCCAAUUGGGUCAACGUUAAUAAACAAAACAGGAAUGAUGUUGAGGCCCCUUGCUGCAUAGAAUGGGGUGCUAGCAUACCGGAUGUUUGGAUUGAUCCGCCAAAGUCUAUAAUUUUGCAAGUAAAGGCAACCGAAUUAGCAGAAACAACUUCGUUUCGAACAUCGCAUUCGUUACGUUUUCCACGCAUAGAAGCGAUUCGAGAUGAUAAGUCAUGGUAUGAAUGCAUGACGCUUGAUGAAUUUGAAUCCUAUUACAAGAAUCAACCAGGAGUUGCAAAAAUUAAUAAACGUAAUUUAACUGCAGAAGAUCUAUUACCAUCAAAGAAGAUAAAGAUGUCACCAACCAAGAAAAAAAGUACAACGAAUAAUCCUUACGCAUCAGUGUUCAAUGUAAAUGAGGUAACGAAAAUAAGUGAUGUUUGCGAAGGUCUCCAAUUCUGUAUACUGAGCACGUCGAAAGGAAAACAAUCAAUUGAUCAGCUGAAAGCCAUGGCCGUACGAUAUGGAGGAAAAAUAGUGGAAAAUCCUUCUUUGGACACCAAAAAGUGCAUUUGCGUUGCUGGUGACAUCACUAGCCUAGUCAGACGUCUAAUGUCAACAGGAAAAUACAAUAUCGUAACAGUAGAUUGGAUGAUUCGGUCCUUUGGCGAGGAUCAAUUCUCCGGAGAAUUAGCACAACCGAAACCACGUGAUAUGAUUAGCAUGACCCCCGACAUGGAAGAAGAAUUUAAAAUAUUCUACGAUGAUUUUGGUGAUUCAUACAUAGAUGAGGUGGACAGUGAAGAAUUGGAAAUUAUCAUGAAAGACAUCAACACUAAUGCUAUUCCAGAAAUUCUUGAUGCUGAACUAGUUGAACUUGAAGAAACUUUACUUGAUUGCACCGACAUCAAACAUAUUUUCCGUAAUAUGACCGGUUAUUUUUACUCCCUUAGUUCCGCGCUACCGAACGUUUUAGUUCUUGCUAAGUUAAUAUUUCAAUCAAAAGAUGGAUUGCUUAUCGAGGAAGAAAAUUUGGCUCGCUCCAAGAAAAUGGUUCAUAUUUUUGUUGACCAAGUGAAUCUUAAUUCUGAAAGUUUCAAUAAUUGGAUGCAUACGAUUUUCAGCAAGCCAAAGAGUAAAGUCAAGGUACUGUCAUAUAGCUGGAUACUCGACUGUGAUAAGGAAAACCAAAUAAUUGAUCAAACUGGAUAUUUGUUACAUGAGCAUUAUUGUACAUAGUAUAUUUUUUGUAUAUUGUAUAUUUUUCAAAAUAUUUUACUUUGCUAAAAAAUUUUAUAUUCUACACUAACACAAAUAAAUUUACAAAUAAACUUGGCAUUGUGUCUAUGA